CUUCGUUUUCCUCACUCGUUCUCUCCCGGUCUAAGCUCUGUUCUAGGGUUUAUCGGCGCAGUCUCUCUGCACGGUCAUGGCUCAGCUCACCAUGGAUCGCAUCUUGCGGGAGAACCAGAACCGCGACGCCGCAUCCAUCAUCUCUCUCCAGCUCUCUCAUCGAGCUCUCUCCGACGUAGCUUUGUUGAGUAGUUUCAAGAACUUGGAGCGGCUUGAUCUCACGGCCAACUGUCUCAACACUCUGGAGGCUUUGAGUUCUUGUGUUAAUUUGAAGUGGUUAUCGGUUGUGGAAAAUAAGUUGAAAAGCUUGAGAGGCAUUGAAGGCCUUCUGAAACUUACUGUGCUAAAUGCUGGCAAAAAUAAGCUUCAAAAAAUGGAUGAAGUUUGCUCUCUUACAAGUUUAAAAGCUUUAAUUUUGAAUGAUAAUAAUAUAACGUCCAUCUGCAAACUUGAUCAGCUGAAGUACUUGAAUACAUUAGUCCUAUCUCGAAAUCCAAUUUGUGAUAUUGGUGACUCUUUGGCGAAGGUGAAGGCUCUCACGAAGCUGUCUCUCUCCCAUUGCCAGAUCCAAGUGAUCAGAUCUUCUCUCAGGUCAUGUGUGGAUCUAAAGGAGCUCAGAUUAUCUCAUAAUCAGAUAACAAGUUUCCCUGCUGAGUUGAGUCAAAAUGUAAAACUCCAAAACCUUGAUGUUGGAAAUAACCUAAUUGAGAAAUGGUCUGAUUUAAAGGCUCUUUCUGCAUUAUCCAACCUUAGAAGCGUCAAUUUACAAGGGAACCCGGUCGCUGAGAAGGAUAAGCUAGCGAACAAGGUAAGGAAAUUAUUGCCAAACUUGCGGAUAUUGAAUGGCAGGCCAAUUGAAAAAGCCAGACUCAAUGAAAGAUUGUUGCCUAAUGAAGAUAUGUUGAGUCACAUCAAGGAUGAUCGACCCCGUGAUUAUUUCACUGAUAUUGGAUCUAAGAAGAAAAUGAAGAGAAAAGCUUCUGAAACAGAUGUUGUGAAGCUUCCUGGAGGAGAUGCUUCUAAAAGUUUUGGUGAGGAUGAAGCUGUGGCUCUUCCCAGUUCCCCUGUUGCUGAAGAGAAAAAGGAUGCCAAGAGAAAUGGAUCCAAAAGUACCAGAAAGAACCCCAAGGAAAAGAUUCCCAGCCAGCCCGAAGGUGGUGGCAAUCCAAAAGUAGUAAAAAAACCCAAGGAAAGAUCAUGGGAUGAAAAGAGUGAUCCUGAAAUUGAGGGAGAAAUAAAGUGGAAAAAUUCUAACAAGACAAGUGCUAAGGAUGCCAAGAAGCCCAGAUCCUUCUGCGGUGCUGGGGAUCUGGAAGCAACAAAGGAGUUUGUAGGUGAAGGAAACAGAUCAGAGGGUAUUGAUGAUGCAGAAACACCAUUUGUGGAUCUUAUUCUUGCAGAUAAUAUCCAUGAAGGCACCAACAGGAAGAUGAAAAAUCAUGAGAUUGCCUCUGAUGCAAAAUCAUUCCAAGGACUGGUGAUUGAUCACACUAAGAAGAAGAAGAAAAAGGCCAAGAACAUAAAAGCUAUUGUGAACGGUCGGCUAUCACUCCAGCUCUUACAACCAAAUUCAGACAUCGGAACAGGUGGACUGUCAACAUGGGAUGAUUAGUUUGAUUGGCGAUGGUCCCUGCAGAAAUUGCAUCAAAUAUCUGCACCGCAUUUAGACCUGUUUAGGUAUUUAGUGUCCUGAACACUUGUUUGGCCAGCAUUGACCUUUCAAUUUUCACUCCAUGAAUGGGAAACAAAUUUGGCCAAAACUAUACUGCUAUUUGUUGUGAUUUGUUUUCAUUACAAUUUUAGACAAACAAGCUAGAUCUUUUACAUACAUGAUGUUAAUAUUCUCAA